AUGAAUACCCUUUCGCGUCGCGAGGAGGAGACCCUCCUUAAGACUGCUAAAAAUCGCGCAUUGAAGGAAUGUGAUCCUGUGGUGAAAGCAUUCGCCGACUGCGCGACUGGGCAUACCUUCACCGUAGCCUGGAACUGCAGGGAACAAUACAAGGCGGUGCAGGAGUGCAUGAUACAAUAUACAGGACCAGAACCUAUGGCAGCAGUUCGUGCUGAAUAUCUACGGUUGCGGAACGAACAACACGCUGGUUUGAUCGUACCGCCGACGGCCUACCUCCUUUGA